AUGUCAAUUUAUGAUAAUAAUCAAAGUGAAAUUAAAGUUGAUGAAUUUGAAGACAGAAGAGAUGAAAGUUUAGGAAUAUGUUCGGAAUGUCAACGAUUCAAUACUGGUAUUGCUUGGUGUCAAUUAUGCGAUCCUCAAAAAUUAAUUAGAGAAUUUGCUGGAUCAGGAAAUAAAAUAAUUGAUGAGUUUUUAAACGAAGCUUGGCUUUCAUCAAAUUG